AUGAUCGACCCCUCAGAAUCCUUCGAGGCGACCUACGCCGUGCCCAUGCACUGCGGGGACUGCACUGGCGAGAUUUCUCGCGCUCUGCGAGCGGUGCCCGGCGUGCAGGAGGUGACCCCAGAUCUGGAACGCCAGCUCGUCGCUGUCCGCGGCAUCGCGCCCCCCAGCUCCAUCGUCCAGGCCCUCGCAGCCACGGGCCGCGACGCGAUCCUGCGCGGCUCCGGCGAGCCGGACAGCGCCGCCGUGGCCAUUCUGGAAAGCGCGUCCGCCGGCGGGCCGCCGGUGCGCGGCCUAGUCCGGGCUGUACAAGUCGCCCCGAACAAAACGCUUUUCGACAUCACUCUCAACGGGCUGCCCGGGCCUGCGCAGUACUACGCCUCGAUCCGCGCGUCUGGUGAUGUGUCCCGCGGCGCGGCGUCCACCGGGCCCGCGUGGCACGUGUUCGAAGACGCCGUCGCGUGCGAGCGCGCCAGCCCGCUCGGCGCUGACCUCUGCGCGGGCUCCGCCCUGUUCGUCGCGCCGCUCGCCGUGCAGGCGCUGAUCGGCCGCGGCUUCCUCGUGGGCGCCGACCGCGGCCACGCGCUCGCCGGCGCCGCCGCCGUCGGCGUGCUGGCGCGUAGCGCCGGCGCGUGGCAGAACGACAAGGUCGUCUGCGCGUGCUCCGGCGACACGCUGUGGCAGGAGCGCGGCUCCGCGCGCUCCGCGAACAUCGCAUGA